AUGGCGGGGUGGAUCGGCUGGGUGUUUACCCUGGUCUUCCAUACAAUCCCGAGCCUGCUGUACUGGUUCAUUACCUUUGCGACCAUUACGCUGCCCACAUGGUUGUUUACGCUAUUUUCCAUGAGCCUGACCUUCACCAUGAAUUUCACCACCAUAAUGUUGAUUGCUCUCAUGCUGGUCUCCACCGUUGGCUGGUUCAUUCGAUAUCGCUUCCUCAACAUGUACAGCCGCUUGCCCCCGGAGCCCCAGCGCAAGGAAGCCCAGAUCGACCUGUUCCCCGAUAUCCAGGAAGGCGAUUCCAAGCCAGGACUCGCCAAUUACCUCGAUGAAUUCUUAAGUGCCAUCAAAGUCUUCGGUUACCUUGAACGACCCGUGUUUCACGAAUUGACGCGGACAAUGCAGACGAGGAAGUUGAUUGCGGGGGAAACUCUCAUGCUAGAGGAGGAGAAGGGGUUUUGCUUGGUGGUGGAUGGUCUUGUCCAGAUCUUUGUGAAAUCAAUGCGUGAGGGGAAGGCUGGCUCCUCGGAGAAUUUACACAUGGAAGAUGCGUCGUCGGGUGAGGAUGAAGGUCACAGCAACGGCCGACAGGGCUAUCAGCUCCUGACCGAGGUCAAGAACGGCGCGUCGAUGUCGUCUCUGUUCUCCAUCCUCCAGUUGUUCACUGAAGACAUCGAGCUCCGCAAUUCGCAAAGCCAUGCCUCCAUGGCAUCUACGCCCGUGCGGGGGGGCAGACACCAAUUCCGGACGCUUUUCCAAGAUGCCGGCGAUCUGAACAACGCAGCUCAAUCCAGUGAAUCAUUACCACCUGUUCCCCCGUUGAAUCUGGGAGAAAGUCAUCCCAUGCAUGGGCGUCGCACCCACUCUCAGACCCCGCAGCCAGAGGCCAAUGAAAAAGCACAUGCUCAAAAGAAACGUCGCAAGUCGGUGCAUCCGGACAUUGUUGCUCGAGCUACCGUGGAUACGACGAUUGCCAUCAUCCCGGCGAGCGCAUUCCGCCGCCUUACCAGGGUUUACCCCCGGGCAACAGCGCAUAUUGUCCAGGUGAUUCUCACGCGUCUCCAGCGCGUCACAUUCGCCACAGCCCAUUCAUACCUCGGACUCACUACGGACGUGCUAGGGAUUGAACGGCAAAUGUCUAAAUUCACCUCUUGGGACCUUCCCAACAACCUCCGCGGAAGCGCUUUGGACCGGUUAAAAGACAAAUUCACCCGAGAGCGAGACCGUUUAGGACCGGAAGAAGUUGGGAAAGGCAUUGCUCUUCAUAAUCCCUACGCCGGUCUCAGGCGGCGCUCGAGCAGCACCUUACGGAAGGAGGCGGCUUUGCACGCGAAGGUUGCCAAUGACCGCCCUCUGGCUCCUCUCACUCCGCAAAGGUCACCACCACCAGCAUUUGUCGACAGAGAACAAGCAGGUGUUAGUCCUGGAGAUCUGUUGUCGACAAUACAGCUUUCCAGAUUCGGGCCACGAUAUGACCAAUUGGCGCCGCGCAUCCAGACCCCCCUCACCGAAAGAGAGCAGCCCCAAUUCCUACCGGCUAAUCUGAAUGGUCGACCUACUUCAACCUUCCAGCGAAAAGAAUCUGUUGACGAGGACGCCUUGUUCAGGGAGUCGAUACUUGACUGUAUCAUGAAGGGAAUAGGGCUUGACGAAAACCCACGCGAUGCUGUGCGUAAGGGUAGUCAUUCGGGCGAUGCAUCACCCAGACUACUUUCUUUCGACAACCGUCGCCAGAAGGCAGUCUUCUCGAACGCUUUUGGCUUCAUGGAUCCCUAUGAAGCAUCUGGCGAUGGCGAAUCCGAAUCCAUGACCUCUAUGUCAGUGACGAGCGCGGGUGGGACUUCGCCUGUCCUGAAUCUUAGAGAAGAGCUGCGUCACGACAUUGAAGUGGUCUACUUCCCGCAAGGUUCAGUUCUUGUGGAGCAGGGUGAGCGCCAUCCUGGUCUUUACUAUGUCAUCGACGGAUUUUUGGAUGUGGGUAUCCCAGCGGACGAGAAAGACGACAUACUCAUUGGGUCAUCCCAUGGAACGGCCUCUCAAGCACAGGAAGAUCUGUUCCCGAAGCUGAGACGAACCACAACAGCAUCAUCGCGCGCUUCAGGCGCAACAGGUGGCGGUGAUUCUCGACGGAAGACGCAGUAUCGCAAAUCGCUCUAUAUGAUCAAACCCGGCGGUAUCCAAGGUUACGUUGGUGCGCUUGCAUCCUAUCGUUCGUACACCGAUGUAGUGGCCAAGACGGAUGUCUAUGUUGGAUUCCUCCCCCGAGCCUCUCUGGAGAGGAUUGCGGACAGACACCCCGCUGCUCUAUUGACCCUGGCGAAGCGACUCACCCGACUCCUCCCACGAUUGCUGCUUCAUAUUGACUUUGCACUUGAGUGGGUUCAAGUCAAUGCAGGACAAGUCAUUUAUCACCAAGGAGAUGAAAGUGAUGCCAUAUAUCUUGUUCUGAAUGGUCGUCUGCGGUCUGUUCUUGAAGGAUCAAACGGCAAAAUGACGGUUAUCGGGGAGCACGGGCAGGGCGAGAGUGUCGGUGAACUUGAGGUCAUGACUGAGUCCACGAGACCAUCUACCUUGCAUGCGAUCCGAGAAACAGAACUAGCCAAGUUCCCGCGAUCACUUUUCAACAGCCUCGCACAGGAGCACCCUGGCAUCACGAUUCAGGUAUCAAAACUCAUUGCGCAGCGUAUGCGGGACUUGGUCGAACAUCCUCUGUCCGAGAAGGGUAUCGAGCAGGGGAGUGCCGCUGGUGUUCAAACUGCAACCUCAACCGUCAAUCUCCGCACUGUAGCUAUUCUUCCCGUCAUGGCUGGUGUACCUGUCGUGGAAUUCGGAAAUAGGCUUCUACACGCGUUGCACCAAAUAGGUGUGACUCGAGGUGUCACGUCGCUCAACCAAGCGGCAAUUCUGAACCACUUAGGUCGGCACGCCUUCAGCAAGAUGGGAAAGCUCAAGCUUUCUCAGUAUUUGGCCGAUCUGGAAGAGAAAUAUGGAAUGGUCUUGUACAUCGCUGACACCAACGUGAACGCACCAUGGACUCAGACUUGUAUCGCGCAAGCUGAUUCCAUCUUGCUGGUGGGACUCGCAGAGUCUUCGCCUAGAAUUGGUGAAUAUGAGAGAUUCCUGCUAGGCAUGAAAACGACGGCUCGCAAGGAACUUGUACUUCUGCAUGCAGAACGAUACUGCUCACCUGGACUCACGCGGGAAUGGCUGAAGAACCGUGUUUGGAUUAACGGCGGCCAUCAUCACAUCCAGAUGGCUUUCCGCUCAACCACAGAACCUUCACACCCACCAAGUAAGAAAUUCGGUACUGUUCUCAAGCAACGCGUGCAAAUCCUGCAAGCCGAGAUUCAAAAAUACACUUCGCGACGGGCUCAACAAACCCCGCUCUAUUCUUCCCAAUCCGCAUUCAAGGGUGAUUUCCAUCGACUGGCACGGCGUCUGUGCGGCAAGUCUGUGGGCCUUGUAUUAGGUGGAGGAGGAGCACGGGGUAUCGCGCAAGUUGGUGUGAUCAAAGCACUUGAAGAAGCCGGGAUACCAAUUGAUAUCAUUGGUGGCACGUCGAUCGGCUCUUUCAUUGGAGCACUGUAUGCGCGUGAUGCCGAUGUUGUUCCUAUGUACGGUCGAGCCAAGAAAUUCUCUGGACGCAUGGGCAGUAUGUGGCGAUUUGCACUGGAUUUGACCUAUCCGACAGUCUCCUAUACCACAGGUCAUGAGUUCAACCGUGGAAUCUUCAAAACCUUUGGCGAUAGCCAGAUCGAAGAUUUCUGGUUGGAGUUCUAUUGCAACACGACCAACAUCAGUCGAUCCCGCAUUGAGUAUCACUCGUCUGGCUACGUCUGGCGGUAUGUUCGUGCAUCAAUGUCUCUCGCUGGCCUCAUUCCUCCGAUCUGUGACGAAGGUAGUAUGCUGCUAGACGGUGGCUACAUUGACAACUUGACUGUUGCACACAUGAAGAGUCUUGGAGCAGACGUUAUCUUCGCCGUUGACGUCGGUUCCAUCGACGACACGACACCGCAAGGGUUCGGCGAUUCACUCUCGGGCUUCUGGUCGGUGUUGAACCGCUGGAACCCAUUCUCCUCCCUCCCGAACCCACCAACCUUGUCUGAAAUCCAAGCAAGAUUAGCAUACGUCUCAUCAAUCGACAACCUCGAGCGCGCAAAGACCAUGCCAGGGUGUGUCUACAUGCGACCACCCAUCGACCCGUACGGAACCUUGGACUUCGGCAAGUUCGACGAAAUCUACCAAGUCGGUUACGCUUAUGGCCGAGAAGUUCUCGAGCGCCUACGCAGCGAAGGCUCCUUGCCCAUCCCGGAAGAAACCGAAGAAAAGCGCAAACUCCAGCGAACAAUGGCACCUCGCAGAGCCAGUAUAUAA